AUGGCGGCGUUCAUGUCCCUUCAUCUUGUUUGUAAGAUCAACAACCUUGCACUACGCAGGGACCACCAGCUCGGCUGGUCAAGUCUAUUAACUAUGGAGCGUAGGGGCAUCCUAAAUUAUAUAGCAGCAAGCAGAUAUGUGGUGACGCCGGAAUCACCUACAUUAAAGACAAUGAGUACAGACAAUAAUUCAUCAGGAGCUAGCAGCGAACCUGUCCACAAGAGAGUGGGACAGGAGAAUCGAUUCCCCUCCCCCCACCUAUAUGCAAACGAUUAUUGUAAGAAAAACGAAGUCCAAAUCAAGGAAAACUGCGUUGCAUGA